AUGACUUCCCGUGUCACAGUUCAACAGGUUAUGGGCCGCACUUCGGCUUAUAUUAAUCUUACUUCCUCUGAAAAACUCACUCCUCUCAACUAUCAUGUCUGGGCUACUAAGAUCCUUUUGGGUCUUCGUGCUAUGAAUAAUGGUGUCCACCUUUAUGUCGAAGCUGGUACUGUCAAUCCAGCUGCUAAUGAAUCCCUCGAAGACCUCACCGCCUCGCUUGAUACCGUCGUCCAUGAUGUCAUCCUCAACAACAUUUCUCCUGAGUUGAUCGAACAUGUUAAUGAUGUGGCCAUUAGAGGCCGUGACCUCUGGCUUUAUCUUCAUCAGGAGUAUAGUCAACUUCAACCCGCCGAUGUCAUCUCACUUAUGAAAUCCCUCUAUGCUGGCAAUAUUGAUGUUGGUCCAAAGUUUGUUUCUUCUGUUCGUUCUUAUGUUGCUACAUGGCGUUCCAUCUACCAAUCAUUGUCGCCUGAUUCGGUUGUGGCCUUCAACGCUUUGGCCUCAAUGGGUCCCAAUUGUGAGCGCUUCAUCCAGUACGCCUUGGAGCACCGCUUUGAUAGUAACAACAAUACUGACAACCUUGAUAUCAACAACUUCAUCCGGAACACUGAUAAAUGGGCCAAGUUGUUGAAGAUUACUGGACCUCCAGCUACUCUUUCGACUGAAGCGUUCGUUGCUUCAUCAAAGAAGUACAAUAACAAAUCUAAGGGUGAUGGUAUUAAAUGUUUCCGUUGUAAGAGGCGUGGUCAUACUUCCAACAAUUGUCAUGUCUCUUGGGAAGAGGUUCAGGCUGCUCGCCAAGAUAAUAAGGAUGACAAGGAAUCUAAGGAGGCUAAAACCUCAAGAGGUUGGUUUGCUGAGACUAUUGAUGAAUUUUCUGAGAUAGUUAGUUGA